AUGGACAAGGAACGGACGAAGCCCUGUCAUCAAUCACUUCAAGUACUACUGGUCUGUAGCUGCUACAUCCAAAGGCAUCCCAAUCGAUUUAUAGACCGUCCUCCAACCCGACGUAAUCGGUUCGACCUCGCCAAAGUACGAGGAAGCAGGGCUACUUGUCGCUUGUCAGCGAUGGCUAAUUCUGAUUCCGAGCCCGCUCGGCGAAUCACGGUUUCUUCCACUGCCAAAAGUUGGGAUGUCGGAUUAGAUAAUCCUGUUCGUUUAAUUAGUCAGCGGCUACUUGAUAUUCAAGCUUCGUCCUGCUACGAAUUGUACCUCGAAUAACUCAUCGUGUUCGCGCCCAUGCUCGACAAGGGGGGGAGGGAGUCGAAAA